CGUUUUUAAAACUAGCUAUGAGCUUGAUGUUUCAAGAGUGUCUGCGAAUCUCAAGCAUGGUCUCUUCUUGGUCACGCGUUCUGAUAUCCUUUGACCUUAGCCUUCCUAUCACUCUUCGAGUCUGAGGAUAUAAAGGCAGUUACAAGAGCUCUAUUGCCAGCUACGUCAUGUCUUGCUUGGUAACUAUAUUCUAAAACGUGAUUCGUUUCGUUUGCAACGACGUAUGAGAACUCGUAUACUAUUUUCUUUUACCGCCGAUGCUUCUGGGUUUUACGACAUAUUUCUCCACAAACUCAGAUCCACCAUCACCUGCACAUUAAUCAUAACCACCGAUCAAUUUAAUACACUGCUGUAAAGUAGUUAAAACCAUUCUCUAGCAACUCUUACCAACAUUCCGGCAAUCAAUUGGACAACUUGGUCUCAUGAAAGACAAUUCACCUUUCGGGGACGAGUGCGUUUUCCAACCUCUCCCAGGGAAGCACUGGUGGCCGUCAGAUCAUACAAUCCCGCCUGGCAUAUCAGGAGACUGGAGGAGUACGGCAAAUGGCGUCCACACGGCGACUGCUCCUUUACUCGAUGGCUUCGUCUAUGGCUAUGAUGCCGACUCAAUAGAUUGUUGGAAUUGUAUCAGGCCCAUGAUCAACUCUACCUAUUGGUGGAACGGCCUUGAUUCUACCACGAAUUACGUGGCUCAGCAAUCAUCCUCUAAGCAUAUGGUUACCAAGGAAUUGCCUUCUACCCAGGGUUACUGGUAUCUCCCCUCAACAGCAAAGGAUGCGAGUCUGAAUCAGAAUUAUGGUUUCAACGACCUUUCGACCCGCAAAGCCUCUAGCCGAAGCCAUCUAGCGUACGAAAACCUUGAUUCAGAGCCAAAGAUAAAAAAACAGUCUACUAGUUGUCGCACGACGAAUACUAGCAGCAACAGCGUUUAUCCAGCCCAGAAGGACAACGAUCGCAUUCAAAGGGACCAAGAACGGAAUCGAAUCAGCGCCUAUAAGUUGCGUGUCAAGAAGAGGGAGUACGUAUCAAGACUUGAGUCUCGGACACAGGAACUAGAGCGUGUUCACCGCGAGCUUUCCACUUGCGUAGCUAACUUAUCCCUUGAGGUAUAUGAGCUGAAGAUGCAAAUUCUACAGCAGUCAGGGUGCAACUGCGAUCUGAUGCGGAACUACAUCGCCCAUGAAUCCCAGCGAUGCAUGCAAGCGUUGGUAGAGGAGCCGCAGUCAGCAGUCUCGUUUUUGCAGGUAGAGGCCCCCAUGCGAUGCGAGCAAAAGUAAUGCAGGAUUAUAACGGGUAUACGGAAGAUGCCGCGGAGAUCCGCCAGCCACUCGAAAUUUAUAGAGACGAGGGAUGUCAGAAAAAUGUCGAACCAACAAGUGGCGGCGGGCUGGAGAGCUACAGAAUGCAAAUUUCUUUUUCCUUGCCUA